GUUAUAAUAGAUUUAUUAAUGCAGUGCUGGUUAUUUACACUGAUCGGUCCUUUAAUGAUGGACGUUAAUCCUUCCAAAUCAGAUGGUUAGUUGAACCUCUCUACCAAUGAAAUUGCUCGACAGGCGGGGCUUACUGUGACUUUCCCAUGGACUGUGACUUCGGACUGUACUGUAGCUAAAUAGUUUGAUUUUGAUCAAGAUGGAGUUCCUUUUGGGGAAUCCAUACAGUACUCCUGUGGGACAUUGUAUUGAGAGAGCCACUGAUGGCUCCCUUCAGAGUGAGGAUUGGACACUCAAUAUGGAAAUAUGUGACAUAAUCAAUGAAACCGAGGAUGGGCCCAAGGAUGCCAUCAGGGCUGUGAAGAAGAGGCUGAAUGGGAACAAGAACUACAGGGAGGUGAUGCUUGCACUGACCGUCCUGGAGACAUGUGUGAAGAACUGUGGGCAUCGUUUUCAUGCCCUCAUCACUAGUAGGGACUUCAUAGACGGCGUAAUGGUCAAAAUCAUCUCCCCGAAAAACAACCCUCCCACCAUAGUACAAGACAAAGUACUGGCCCUGAUCCAGGCAUGGGCUGACGCUUUCAGGAGUAGUCCAGACCUGACCGGUGUGGUCCAUAUCUAUGAGGAGCUGAAAAGGAAAGGCAUUGAGUUCCCCUUGUCCGACUUGGAGACCCUUUCUCCAAUCCACACUCCUCAACGGCUGUCGAUUGGCGCUGAGGUGAACCAAGCCACACUGAAGCCGACUGCGCCUGCCCAGCCCAGCCCCCAUCCCCAACUCCACCCACCGCCUCCUGUUGUUGCCGCCUCACCCUUCCCUGCAUCCGUCCCGCCCAGCUACACCUCCCCACUGGUCCCGAACAUUGGUGCUUCUGGAUCCAUCAACCCCUCCCCUGAACAGAUCUGUCGGCUGCGCAGUGAACUCGACAUUGUGCGUGGCAACACCAAGGUGAUGUCAGAGAUGCUGACUGAGAUGGUUCCGGGACAGGAGGACCCCUCAGACCACGAGCUCCUGCAGGAGCUGAACCGGACAUGCCGGGCAAUGCAGCAGAGGAUAGUGGAGCUCAUCUCCUGUGUAUCAAACGAGGAGGUCACAGAAGAACUCCUGCACGUCAACGACGACCUCAACAACAUCUUCCUGCGCUAUGAGAGGUAUGAGAGGUUCCGGUCGGGCAGAGCAGCUCAGGGUAUCAACAAUGGGCUGAGGCAGGUCCUCAGUGAGGCUACAGAAGACAACCUGAUAGAUCUGGGCCCUGGCUCUCCUGCUGUUGUCAGCAACAUGGUCAACGCCACUGGAACGCCCCCAUCCAGCCUGCCGCCCGCCUUCCACUCUAAUGCAAUGCCCCCGUCUAGCCUUGGCCCUGCCUUCAAUGCUCCCGCUGCACAGCCUUCCUCUCCAGCCUCCCUGGCCUCUCGGCUGGCGGGCCUCGACAUGGGUGACAGUGUGAGUGGCACUCUGAGCUCUUUGCCCAGCUGCAAGCCUCAGGAUGAUUUUGUAAUAUUCGCCCAGACCAGGACCGGAGCUCUGCCUCUGACCACAGAGACCCUUGUCACCAGAGCUCCUCUGGAGGAUGUUGAUGCUGUAGCUGGGAUUGGACCGACUCCACAUGAAGAAGUCAGACAGCAGCCUACUGGAGGGAUUCCUGUUGGUCAAUCCUCUGUCAUGGAUGACAUAGAGGAAUGGCUGAGUACUGAUGUGCAAGGAGAUGAGGGUGAAGAAGGAGUGACCAGUGAAGAGUUUGACAAGUUUCUGGAGGAGCGGGCGAAAGCGGCGGAGAUGGUGCCCACCCUCCCCUCACCGCCUAGUGGCGACCCUGGGGCACCGACAGGAACACCCAAGAAGGCUAAUAGACCCGAAGAUGCCCUGUUUGCUUAGUACCGUGGUUCUCAAACAUCUGCUUGAAGACCCCCCGGACGUUUCGCAGUUUUGUUGCAGCCCAGAACUAGCACAAUUGAUUCACCUCAUCUCAAGGGCUUGAUAAUUUAGUUAACAAGUUGAAUCAAUUGUGCCAGCUCUUGAAUAGUUGAAAUACAAUAAACUUCUGGGGGUUCCCAAGGAGAGGUUUGAAACCUUUUUCUUAGCGUCUUUAACUCAUGUCCUGACCAGUGACCCAGACCAUUGUGUCCGAGACAAACACACUUUUUCCAUCCACACCGCCGGAGCUCUCAACCAUCACGCCAUCAGCUAAACUUCUACGGCCCAGCAACACAUUCAUGUUUUCAGACACUUUACCUCACAGCGAUAGGAACCUCCUGGUUACUAUUAAUUUGAAUAUCUUCCUCUUAUAGAAACCUGCUUCAUUUUUUACAAGGCUGCAGUGUCUUCUAUAAUCAACUGUCCCUAACUACCAGUCGAUGGUUUGUAACUGUCACAAAGCCUCUGGAGGACAGUGGUGUAGUAACAACGACAGCAGCUGUAUUUAUAAAGCAGAAGCUCCCUGUGUUUAGUGGCAGCUCAUCUGACGGAGAAUAUGGAUGCUUGCUAGAGCACUACUCCAGUUCUGCACUCAUGGCCGCCAGAGAUCCCUCAUUCAAUCUCUCGUUGGGCUUAAAAAAUGGAAUUCAAUAAAUCUUUUAGGUACAUAUGAAUAGGGAAUAUGCUGGAUUAUUUAAAAAAUGUUUUAAAUUCCUAGUCUGUCAUAUUGUCUUAUGUACCCAACCAGACUGUUAUGCAGUCUAGUUUUUUUUUUCCAUUUUAAGUGUGUAUGGAUUAGAUUGUUGUUAUUAGUAUAUCUAUAAUGUGUUAAGUUGAACAGCUACAUGUUCUGUUGAAUCAAGCAGAAUAAAGAAGGGAAUGGGGUGGUGAAAAGUUGUCGCCAGUUACAGUAUUUCUAGUUGGCUGGAACAUAGCCUUUAGACAAAACUGUAACCAGCACAGGGAGUGGGAAUAUGUACCUUCAGAUUUAUAAAAUGACACUACAGGUUUGAAGGUGAUUCAAUCUUUAUAGGGAUUGAUACUCUAUCUAUGAAACAAGCGUUUAAAGUUUUACUUAUCUGAGGAUCUUAUCUGAAAUAUUAUUUUCGUUUAUUUCUGCUUUAUAUUCAGAUUAAUUUAUUUUUAUUUUGUUAGUGUAACAACUAAAUCUUUAAAUUACUUAAAUGCACACUAAUGGUUGUUUAUUGAUAUGUUAUGUGUUAUAUGAAGUGUAUUUGAAUGAAUUAGUACUAUCUGCCUGAAUGAUUAUCUACUGCCUAGGCAUGGUACAUAUACACUUGUGUUAGGAAAGCAAGACUAGAUGUGGUCCUGUGGCCCAGACAUGAUUGCAUCACGUCCAUUGUAAAUACAAUAAAUGAUCAUACCGUACGCUUGAUUCAGAAGGGAUACUGGAUCAGUCAGUCUUUUGACAAGGUUAAAUGUAGUUCGUGAAUUGUGGAUCUCACGACUAACAUGGAAGCAUAUUGAAAAUUGUAUGCCCAGUGUUUAGUCAUAACUGAUGUUGAAUUUAUGGACCAAAGUUUUGCAAUGUGGAUGUGAAGAAAUGGCGCGUGUGAUAGGGAUGGUUAAGAUGUGUGCUAU